AUGCAGGUGUACAGCCGCAAACAAGAGCCGCCUCUGAUGGGACCUCCCAUGGUGCAGGUGGUGCCCGAGAACAUCCCUGUGAAUGUGCCACGCCUUACCAAUGAAAUCCAGAGGGACCACACCAGGGGCUUAGCGCGAGAAAGGGGCUCCCGUUCUGGGCCUUCCCCAACUAGUGGCACCCUGGAAGCACAAGAUCCUCCGCACAGGAACUUCAGUGCAGAGGGUCCUUUCAAAGACUGCCUGCAGGCUCAGGAAGCAGGCCUCAGCACAAGCGGCAUGUACGUGAUCAAACCUGAUGAGGCUGAAAGACCGCUGCAGGUCUGGUGUGAACAGGACAUAGACAACGGAGGCUGGACUGUGAUUCAGAGCAGGCGAGACGGCUCCGUGAACUUCUUCAGGAACUGGGAUAACUAUAAGCGCGGCUUUGGUAACAUUGAUGGGGAGUACUGGCUCGGUCUGGAGGGAAUCUUUCUCCUGGGGAAGCAAUUGGACUACAAGCUGCUGGUGGAGCUGGAGGAUUGGAUGGGGAAGAAGGUCUAUGCUCAGUACAGCAGUUUUCACCUGGAGCCGGAGAGUGAAGGCUACCGUCUGCGCCUGGGCUCCUACCAGGGCAAUGCAGGGGACUCCUUCACCAGUCACAACGGCAAACAGUUCACCACACUAGACAGUGACAAGGAUGCUUUUUCAGGUAACUGUGCCCAUUUCCACAAAGGUGGCUGGUGGUACAAUGCAUGCGGACAAGUCAAUCUAAACGGUGUCUGGUACAACGGGGGAGUGUAUCGCAGCAAGUUUCAAGAUGGCAUCUUCUGGGCUGACUAUGGAGGAGGCUUCUACUCUAUGAAGGGAGUGCGCAUGAUGAUCAGGCCUAUAGACUGA